AAAGAGAUGCGUUACUCAUCGUCUCGCCUCAUUACUGCGGGCGUUUUAAUUGCUUGAUUCUCGCACUCUUGUAACCCACCCUCACUUUGUUAUGUCGGACGUUUUUCUCUUGUUGGACGACUCUGACCCUCUGAUCUCGUAUGACGGGCCAUGGAGUCUCGAGGAUUCCGACCAUGGAGACUACCAUUGUUUGGAUGGUGGUGAGGACGGCGGUAGUGUAUCCGUGACUUUCAAUGGUACUUCGAUAGCGUUUACUGGUAAUACGCCGGACGUGCCAGAUGUAUUGCAGCCAUUCAGAGUCAGCAUCGAUGGUGAAACGUCUAAAGAAGCGCAGUAUCCGGAUUGGAAUCAUUAUGAACAGUGGUAUCAGUCGCCGCCACUAGCAGAUGGACCUCAUAACAUCAGCCUGAGUGGGCUAGUGAAGGGUACUACUGUGGAUUAUGUCCUCGUUGAGGCUGGCUAUUCGACAUCCCUAGCCAAUUCGUCCCUCGUAGUCGACGAUAGUAGCAGGGAAAUUCGGUAUUCUGCAGGCUGGGAACCAAAGAAUAACCAAUCACUGCCAGGUGAUCCGGCGGAUGGGGUAUCAUUGUAUUCACCCUUGGGUGGUGGUACAACGGAGAGUCUAGCGGGCGAUGAUUCGUUUUCCUUCGAGUUCGCCGGUACCGCUGUGUAUGUUUAUGGUGUACGGGAAGGUGCCGAUGCGGUGACAUGCAGCGUGGACAACUCCCCACCAUCGUUUGUGUCUCUGAGUCCUCCUUCACAGGACGACGAAAACAUUGUCAAUGUCUUGUUCUUUCAAAGCCAUGAACUUGGGCCAGGUAACCAUACCCUAAUGUGCAACGUGACCGACGACAAGUCCUUCGUGCUCGACUACAUCGUCUAUACUCCAUCUUUCGACUCUCUAUCCGACAAACCCUAUCUUUUCCCCCAACCCCAGGCAAGCGUCUCUCCUCCGAGUCCUUCAACAAGGGGUAGUGCUUCGAGCUCGGCAGUACCUUCAGGGGCCAUCGCUGGUGCGGUAGCUGGAGCUAUCGUGCUUUUGGCCGUCUUUGCGACGCUUGUUGUCAUAUGGUGCAGGGGUAGAAAGCGAAAAGUUGCCCUUUCACGCUCAUCAUCCUUUGGUGAUGCUACCGUCGCGUCUGGAGCGCUAUCUCCCCCCGAAUCAUAUACGGAGGCCAUCGAAGUUCGCACACCUCUUGUACCGAAUCGGUUUGAUCCAAACUUGUUCGUGUCGAACAACGCUCGAUCGGAGAAGUAUGCAUCUUCGUCUCGACAACUAUCACUUUCAUCGCGUUUCAGAGAUUUUGGAAUUGGAUGGGGGUACUCUAAAAGGACUAGCCGUUAUCCGGAGAAGUUUUGAUUGUUGUAUAUCAUCUGUUGUUAUUUAUUGCUCCUUUACAGACUCGGACACUUGUAACU